AUGAAGAAGAAGAAGAAGCUUCAUCGUUAUGCUAAAGCUGGUCAUCGAUUUUGUCAACCAAACGUGGAUAAUGAUACAUCCAUUCAGAGUGAAUCAGGGAAAUAUGAUGGUGUAGAAAUAGUUGGAAAAAGUGCUGAUGAAUUGAAUGAAGAAAUAGCUGCUAAAAUUGAUGUAUGUGAGAAUAAUGAUAACUCACUAAGGAUUGACUUCUAUCCGUUCGCGUAUUCUCUUCAUGAUGAGCAGUUAUCAAGCAGAUGCUGGUAUUGCCUUGCAAAGGUUGACACACUUAAACGCUGUCAUGCAUGUCGUAAAGGAAUGUUUUGUAACGAGAAAUGUCAAAUAUUAGGAUGGAAGGAUCAUCGAUCAGAGUGCAAAGCUUUCAAAUCGCAUGAUGCGAUAGCCAAUAUUGAAGUGCGUUUGUUGGGCAGGAUUGUUACUCGUUAUAAGGCAAUUAAACUGGGAAAAGACAAGGAGGACAAUAAUUUUUACAAGGAUCGCACAUCCAAACGAUCCAUUAUGGAUAUCUGGUCCCACACAGAUCUCAUUAAAAAGGAUCCUGCUGCUAUGACAAAAUUUAAUGGAAUUUAUGCUGAUCUUCUUGCAUUCUAUGGAUCGAAAGCAAUGGUUAGUAGAGAUGAAGUGUUCGAGCUACACUGCCGGAACUACAUCAACCGUCAUGCUAUCAGUGACUGCGGCUACAUUGAGGAAAUAGGGAAAGGUUUGUAUUUGGACUUAUGUGCUUAUGAUCAUAGUUGUCGUCCAAACGCAAUAUAUACUUGUAAUAGUUUUGUUGCAACAUUAAGGGGCCUUACUGCUAACGUCGACUUGCGAAAUCUCAGUUCAACUUAUUACUCUUACAUAGAUUUAAUCAAUACAACGCAACAACGACGUAAAUUAUUGAAGGAUACAUGGUACUUUGAAUGUCAUUGCACACGUUGUGAUGAUCCGGAUGACGCUCUCCUAUCAUCUAUUUUAUGUCCAAAUUGUCCGAAGAAACGAGAAUGUUUACGUAUAUUUGGUGAUGUGCCUUACAAAGAUCGGAAUACUCAAAUAAUAACUUGUCCGAAAUGCUAUAAUAAAGUAUCACCGGAGUAUGUUAUAGAAGCGAUAGCAGCUAUGCGUUUUAUCGAUAAGAUUGUUGAAAACCGUGAAGUUGAGAAGAUGUCACGUGAGCAAAGUAUUAGAUUUUUGACUGAUCUGAAGAAACGUUUUAGCGAGUUGUUGUCAAACGUAAAUGUCUUCCUAUGCAAAGUCAUCCAGCUGCUAAUUCCAUUAAUUGAUAUAUCAGAUUGUCAGCUGUUAUUGGAUUUGCAUUUGGAAGCGGAAGAAUGCGUCCGCUUUUGUUUCCCAUACAAUCAUCCCGCUGUUGGCAUUCAUUAUCGCAAUAUUGCUACUUUCUAUUUGAAGUGUAAGCAGCCGCAUCGAUCUUUGCUUUACUGUAAGAAGGCAUAUGAAGUAGUAAAAUUUACGUUGGGAUCGAAACAUCCAAUGACAAUUGAGACGGAUGCGAUGUUAAAGGAUGCAUCUCGUGAGGUUCAAGAAGCAAAGAAAUUGAUCUUCGGUGAAAAUCUUGGCAUUACCGUAUUUCUGGGAACUGAUACUAAUAUAAGAGGAAAAUGUAAUGGGACAGAACAACCGUGUUCAAUAAAGGAUAGUGUUGUGGUAAACACGGUAUAA